AUGCCCAUAUGUAAGCCUUACGAUGAUGUUGCUUGGGCAAUAAGCACCCAGAUCUGGAAGGACUGGCCCAAGCUUCUUGGCACCGAUGCGGACAUCUACAAUGACAUCGGAGUCAUCCUUUCUAAAGAAUUCAGCGAUCUCAAGUGUGCCCUGUUCGACUAUCUCGGCACAGGCUCUUUCAAUACCUGUUUCCAGAUGAUGUUCACCAAUGAUUGUGCCGCUGUUAUACGCUUUCCAGUGCCCGGCGCUGUCAUGACUCAUGUUUCCAGAAGAAAAGAUCCGCAAUGA